AUGUCGCAGAAGCGUUGUCCCUUGGACCAAGGAACCAUCAUGGCUAAAGCUUUGCGGCUUUAUUGGAAGUUUCAGGAAGAAGAGCCGUCGAGCUUCUCUGAAAAGAAACUGGAGUUUUCCGCUAGCAAAGGUUGGUUCUACAGGUUCAUUCUGAAGCACUCGAUAAGGAAUGUGCAGAUUAAAGGCGAAAGUGCUUCAGCAGACUUGAAGGCAGCCAAAUCAUAUCCAGCCGAGUUUAAACAGUUGAUCGAAGAUGGUAAGUACCACCCCGAUCAGGUGUUUAAUGCGGAUGAGACUGGAGUGUUUUGGAAAAAAAUGCCGAGUAGGACCUAUGUGGCAAAGGCGGAAAAGUCGGCAUCUGGCUUCAAGGUUGCUAAAGACCGGAUUACAUUGCUUUUUUGUAGCAAUGCCUCAGGAGAUCGAAUGCUGAAACCACUGCUUUUGCAUAAAUCUUUACGUCCAAGAUCCAUGAAGUGUUUAAACUUCAAUGAUCUACCAGUACUUUGGAUGUCGAAUGCAAAAGCCUGGGUAACGCAGGAGAUUUUCAGGAGAUGGCUAGAAGAAUGCUUUAUGCCGGAAGUCAAACCUUAUCUUGCUAAAAAAGGACUGGAGUUUCGAGUGCUUCUCCCGCUCGAUCAGGGCAUUAUCGCCACGUUCAAGAGGCAUUAUAUUAAAACUACCUUCCGCUACAUCUUGGAUGAAAUCGAUACAGGCAAUGCAUCGACCAUAAUAGAAGCGUGGAAGUAUUUUACAAUGCGUGAAUGCGUAGAAUCCAUUGAAGUUGCAGUGAAACUGUUGAAGAGGUCAACGUUAAAUGCCUGCUGGAAGCCAUUGUGGCCUGGCUGUGUACAUUCAUCGAUGCCAGCAAAUAUUGCGGAAAUGUUAAGGGAACCAUUUUUCGAGGAUGAAGAUUUACUGGAUUAUGUGAAUAAUUCAGCAAAUAAUGAUCAUGACGAGGAAACGGAAUUCACCGAGAGCAAGAUUAAGGAAGGUUUGCAACUUGGUGAAACGCUUGCUGAUAUUUUUGUGACAAACGAUCCUUGUAUCGAGCGAGCCAUCUCCUUCCGUAACGAUCUAAGGCACUGUUUACUACAAUACACCGAGCUGGUAAAAUACGAGAAGAAAACUACCGAAAAUGCACAGCUAAACGGCGAGGAACCACAACCUGUCGAUAGCCCGUUGAAACGCCGACGAUGUGGUGUUAUCUACGAUAGCGAUUAA